ACUCCAUGAGUCCCCCGACACUCCACCCACCCCCCAGUCUUCCCUUUCCCCUUUCCCUAAUCUCAAAAUCUCAAGUCUCAACAACCAGCAGCGUAGCUGGUUCCACUCUCUACUCUCUACUCUCUACUCACCAGCACCGGCAUAAGUUACCAGCAGCGCAGCAAAGAUUAAUCUUCAUUUUUUUCUUUACUUUGUUUGCCUCUGAUCUGAAUCUAAUUGUCUCCAGACUCUCCACUCUCCACUUUCCACUCUCCACUCUCUCAGCUGGUUUUGCAAUUAAAUAAUCUUAAAGUUGCUGUUAAUCUUGCAAAAAGAGGAAAUCUUCCUGGUGCUGAAAAUCUGAAACUUACAGUUUCUGCUGUAAAACUUGUAAAGCACCGGCCUUUCUCCACACAAAGUUCCCUCUUGCCCACCUCAGUUCCUCCAAAAUCACAACGUUGUACACACGUAGCAGGAGAAGCAACUAAAGUCAGUGACAAUGAAGGAAGAAGAUGUGAACCGAUGCCAGAUUCAGGAAUGGUACCCAAAAUUCAAGCCUGUAUCUAUCAGAACAGUAAUCCAUGAACUUCCAGAAUCUUUUGUUGAGUACCUCGUUGAUGAUUCAGGUCCUUUCCUCCUCCCUCUUUCUAUCUCAGGCGAAGAUGCCUUGCCAAAUAGAAUUCACAACCCCAUAGAUGAAGAAGACUAUCAGGUGUCAGAGGGACCCGGAGAUGAAUCUGAACAACCUCCAUUGCCCCCUUCUUUCCCUGAACUUGAAUUGAAUAUUAAGGAGUCAAUUAAUACCCUAGGAGGUGCAGUUUUUCCUAAGCUGAACUGGAGUGCACCAAAAGAUUCUGCUUGGAUUAGCACAUCUGGGACCCUUCGCUGCACUUCAUUCAGUGAGAUAGCGUUAUUGCUGCGGUCAUCUGACUCAUUGGUCCAUGAUUUGUGCCACGCCUAUGAUUCAUGCAUUGACAAAACCUUGUUAAGACCCCCUAGUUUCUUUCUUGCACUUCGCAAGUGGUAUUCAUCUUUCUUGCCUGAGAUGGAAUUUCGUUGCUUUGUUCGGGGCCAGCAGCUAGUUGGAAUCUCACAGAGGGAGGUCACUACAUUUUAUCCCACUCUCCUUGAGGAGAAAAAUGACCUUGAACUGUUGAUCAAGGAAUUCUUCACUGAGAACGUGAGACAAAAAUUUGAAUCAGAAAAUUACACGUUCGAUGUUUAUGUGACGAAGGAUGGGCGUGCUAAGAUAUUGGAUUUUAACCCAUGGGGUGCGUUUACACUCCCACUGCUUUUUACUUGGGAAGAACUGGAGCAGAAUCUCGAGGAAGUGGAGAAUGUAGUGGACUUCAGAAUCGUGGAGAGCCAGUGUGGAAUCCGUCCAGGUCUGAAAACAGCAGUUCCGCAAGAUUAUUUGGAUACUGGCCCAGGGAGUGGUUGGGAUCAGUUCUUGAGGAAGGCUGACAAGGAGUUGCAGCAGCAGAAAAUGGCUCCUGGAAAUGGUGCCUGAGGUUUCCUUUUUAUUUUUGACAGAGGUUACUGUGUUUUUCAUUUAUCCUCAUUGAUUUCAUGUGUUCUGUAACGAGCAAUCAGUAGUGUUUGUUGGAUCGAGUACUUUACUUUUGCCCAGCAAGAGAUAUUUUUCAA